UAGGAACUAUUUACACAUUGAAGAAAAGAACCAUUAAUAAUAUGAAUUGAAAAAUGUUUUCCAGGUUUCCUAACAGUUUUACCCAAAGCGUUUUUCACUGCGUUUACCCAUUUGACCAUCACGCAAUAGAGCCACCUGAAAGAGUUCAGGGCCGACCGCAUCCAAGGCGGCCAUCUGCGUCUGCAGCUGCUGGAACAGAGCUUCGUGAAGCCCAAGCUCAAAGAAUGUCCAGCACUUCUGAGGAGAGACACUGUCACCCAGGGGCCAUCUGCUCUGGUGGGUUCGUGUCCUCCCUAGGUCCACCUCCUGAUCUGUCUAAUUCAGGUUUGUUGCUGUUUCCUCCAGUGACUCUGCUCUUUUGCUGGGAAAUCAAGCCGUCAGACCAUCCAGGCAUCCAACACGAGCAGAUGAAGUUGGAAGGCUUGAAGCUCUUCUUCAGCCCCAAGUCUUCCUUCUUGAUCGUCUGUAGCAUCAGUUGGAUGCUGAGCCUGGCCUCGCCAAGGAAGGUCUGGGGUCAAGAGCACCAGAGAGGAAGAUGGACCAGGUGGACCAAAACACAUUGGUUUAGCUGCCUUCACGUGCUCAGGAACUUGGGAGCCCCCAAACCUAACCAGGAAGUAUUAAGAAAUUCAGCAUCACAUGCAUUAAGAGAUUAUUAGGAGGAAACUAGAAGGGGAAGCACCUGAGUUAAACUUCAAACUUAGACAACAGGGCAGAUAACUCGUAGCUUAAGUAGUGAGUGAGCCACAGCACACUGGAGGAAGGGCUCCCUCGGGCUGUGAUGUGAAGAGAAGAAACACCAGCCGUGCAGGGUACACCUUGUCUAGGGACAGGCUGGGAACCCCGCGGUUCAUGCUCAGCCCAGGCGAAGGACAGGGACCUCCUGAGAUGAGAGUUCCGGUGCUGUGGCUCAUCUCCUUCCUCACAGUCACUGCGGCCGGUGACGGCUUCCUGGGGAGAAAUAGUGAUAUCACAACAAAAAGAGAACUCACUGUGAAUAAGAAAAAACAUCCAGUGCAGGAAUAUGAGCUGCUGCUGCAGGUGGCCUAUCGGGAUUCCAAGGAGAAAAGAGACGUGAAGAAUCUUCUGAAGCUUCUGAAGCCUCCAUCAUUCUGGUCCCACGGGCCAACGAAGAUCGUCAGAGCAAAGGCGACCACAUACUGUGGCCAUCAGAAUGGGGUCCUACGGUGUGCCUGUGAAGACGGCUACAUCUGGUUCCCUCCUUCAUGCCUUGAUCCCCAGAAAUGCUACCUUCACACAACUGGAUCCCUCCAGAGUUGUGACUGUCAUCUUAAUAACCUCACCGGGAGUGUCAAUUUCUGUGAGAGAACAAAAGUUUGGGGCACUUUCAAAAUUAAUAAAAGAUUUACAGAAGAUCUUUUGAAUUCAUCUUCUGCUAUAUACUCCAAAUAUACUACUGAAAUUGAAAUUCAACUUAAAGAAGCAUACAAAAGAAUUCAAGGUUUUGAGUCAGUUCAUGUCACUCAGUUUCGAGACGGGAGCAUCAUUGCUGGGUACGAAGUUGUUGGCUCCAGCAACACGUCUGAGCUGCUGUCGGCCAUGGCGCUGGUGACUGAGAAGGCUGAGCAAGGCCUUCAGAAGCUGUUUCCAUUAGAACAUGACUCUUUCAGAGUCGGAAAAGUUCAGUGUAACAGCAUCGUCUUUGGAUUUGGGUUUAAGAGUGACGAGUAUACUCUUCCUUGUAGCAGUGGCUACACUGGGAACAUCACAGCCAAGUGCCAGCCCUCUGGGUGGCAGGUCAUCAGAGAGACAUGUGUGCUCUCUCAGCUGGAAGAACUGAAGAAGAAUUUCAGCGUGAUUACAAACAAUGCCACCGAGGCAACCAUGUCAUCCGUGGUGCGGAAUCUUUCGGUCGUCAUUCAGCAAAGCCCAUCGACCACAGCUGGGAAUCUGGCUUCGGUGGUGUCGAUUCUGGGCCAGGUCUCAUCUCUGUCACUGGCAAGCCACUUCAGUGUGUCCAGUUCCACAAUGGAGGAUGUCAUCAGUAUAGCCGACCACAUCCUUCAUUCAACAUCAGUGAGCAACUGGACAGUGUUACUCCAGGAAGACAAGCAAGCCAGCUCACAGUUACUAGAGACACUGGAAAACAUCAGCGUUCUGGUACCUCCAACAGCUCUGCCUCUGAACUUUUCUCGAGAAUUCAUUAACUGGGAAGGGAUUCCAGUGUCUGAAAGCCAACAUAAGACAGGUUACAACUAUCAGACUGAAAUGUUCCCCCCAAAUACCUCCAUGCCCAUCAGAGGCCGUGUGUUCAUUGGGCCAGACCAAUUCCAGGGGUCCCUUCCAGAAACCAUUAUCAGUAUGGCCUCAUUGACCUUGGGGAACAUUCUACCCAGUACCAAAAUUGGAAACGCUCACGUCAAUGGGCCCGUGAUAUCCACGAUUAUCCAAAACUAUUCCAUCAAUGAAAUUUCCCUGAUUUUUUCCAAGAUAGAGUCAAACCUGAGCCAGCCUCAUUGUAUGUUUUGGGAUUUCAGUCAUUUGCAAUGGAAUGAUGCAGGCUGUCACCUAGUGAAUGAAACUACAGAUACAGUGAUGUGCCAGUGUACUCACCUGACCUCGUUCUCCAUGCUGAUGUCACCCUUUGUCCCCUCUGCAAUCAUUCCAGUUGUGAGAUGGAUUACUUUUGUGGGAAUGGGUGUCUCCAUCGGAAGUCUCAUCUUAUGCCUGAUCAUUGAGGCUCUGUUUUGGAAGCAGGCCAAGAAAAAUCAAACCUCGCACACACGUCACAUUUGCAUGGUCAACAUCUCCCUAUGCCUCCUGAUUGCUGACGUUUGGUUUAUUGUUGCUGCCACCGUGGAUGCCACGGCAAACCCCUCUGGGAUCUGCAUAGCUGCAGUGUUCUUUACACACUUUUUCUACCUCUCCUUGUUCUUUUGGAUGCUUGCACUCGGUCUCCUGCUGGCUUAUCGGAUGGUGCUUGUGUUCCACCACAUGGCUAUGUCUUUGAUCAUGGCUGUCGGGUUCUGCCUGGGCUAUGGCUGUCCUCUCAUUAUAUCCGUCAUCACCGUUGCAGUCACACAACCCAGCAAUGGCUACAGAAGGAAAGACAUGUGUUGGCUCAACUGGUCCGGGGGGAGCAAACCCCUGUUGGCCCUCGCUGUUCCUGCACUGACUAUUGUGGCUGUGAACGUGGUCGUGGUGCUCUUGGUGCUCACGAAGCUCUGGAGGCCGGCGGUUGGAGAGAGACUGAGUCAGGACAACAAGGCCACUGUCGUCCGCAUGGGGAAGAGCCUGCUCAUUCUGACCCCUCUGCUGGGGCUCACCUGGGGCUUUGGCAUAGCAAUAAUGGUGGACAGCCAGAACCUGGCGUUGCAUGUUAUUUUUGCAUUGCUCAAUGCAUUCCAGGGUUUGUUCAUCUUAUGUUUUGGAAUGCUCUUGGAUAGUAAGCUGCGGCAACUGCUGGUCACCACGCUGUCUCCUGCCAGCUCUCUGAAGCAAUCAUCAAAGCAAAACUCAUCGGAAUUGUCUGCCAAACCCAAAUUCGCCAAGUCUUUCAACCCAUUGCAUCACAAAGGCUCUUAUGCAUUUUCUCAUACUGGAGAGUCCUCAAAUGACAUCAUACUAACUCAGUUUUUAUCAACUGAAUAAGGCUGGGAACAAACCAUAAAAAAUCAAGAAAUAAAAUUUUGGAGCAACUUGACAUUUAGAGCUAAAUGUCAGUGAAGAAAUUAGCUCAAUGUUAAAUGGAUUUUUCUGAUUUAAAAGUCUGGGGAUAA